GGUCAUAUUAUUGUACGGACUAAUAACAUUUUACUCCUAUUUAGGUUGAACCAAGCAUGAAUUAUUAUUGAUCAAACUCAAAACUCAUACCAUCUUUUCUCAUCAUUUUGCAUAGAAAUGGACAUUGUAGGCACAACGCUCUCUGUUGCUCAAACUUUGUUUGCAGCAUUGCAAUGUCCGGAGGUCAAUGAGACCCUCUCACUCUUUGGCUACAAAUCUCACCUCGAUGAUCUUAUACGUACCGUUGAGGCUGUCAAGGCCGUGUUGCUCGAUGCAGAAUCCAAGCAAGAGCUCUCCCAUGAAGCACAAAUUUGGCUUCAAGAGCUCAAGGAUGUUGUUUAUGAAGCAGAUGAUCUAGUUGAUGAGUUUGUCACACUUGCCGAGCAGAAGCAACUCCUAAAGGAGGAUGAUGUUAGUCUUUCCAAAAAGGCGCGCCACUUCUUUUCUAAUUCCAAUCCACUUGGAAUUGCUCUCAAGAUGUCUCGAGGGGUUAAGAAGAUCAAGAAGAAGUUGGGUGCGAUUGCUUACAAUGAUCAAUUUCGCUUUAAGCUUGAUCACGAGCCUAUCAGGAAGAGAAGGCCUGAGACCUGUUCUUAUGUAGAUGCAACAGAUAUUAUUGGGAGGGAAGAUGACUUGGAGAUUAUCACUAGUAUGUUGCUUGAUUCUGAUGUUCAACGUGAUGUGUCGUUUCUCACGAUUGUGGGAAUGGGAGGGUUGGGCAAAACUGCUCUUACUCAACUCGUGUAUAACGAUGAAAGUGUCAAAAGUGCGUUUCCAUUAAGGUUGUGGGCUUGUGUCUCUGAUCAUGAUCAGAAUCAACUAGAUGUGAAAGAAAUUGUUGGUAAGAUUUUGGGAGAGAAUCAUCAGGAUUCCACCAUGGAUCGAGUACAACACAAACUUCGAGAAAAACUAGCAGGCAAGAGAUUCUUACUCGUUUUAGAUGACGUAUGGACCGAGAAUCGUACACAGUGGAAUGAGCUAGCAAAAUUCUUGAUUGGAGAUCAAAGGGGGAGUUGGAUUGUAGCAACUACACGUUCUGAAACAACAGCAAGAAUCAUAGGAAAUGGCACGAUGCACAAGCUCCAAGGCUUGUCACAUGAGAAUUCAUGGCGCUUAUUUGAAAGGUCGGCCUUUGGAUCGGAGCAAUCAAACCCUCAUAAUGAUUUGGUUAAGAUUGGGUGUGAGAUUGUUCAAAAAUGUGCUCAAAUACCCCUUGCUAUAAAAGUGGCAGGAGGUAUUUUGUAUGGUCAAGACAAGAGUAAGUGGCUAUCGUUUCGGGAUGUCGGAUUAGGCAACAUUAGAGAGAGCCAUAAUGAUAUCAUGCCGGUGUUAAAGUUUAGCUACCAUCAUCUUGAAUCUCCGUUAAAGUGUUGCUUUAGUUAUUGUGCGGUGUUUCCAAAGAAUUGUAUUAUAGACAAGCAGAGGUUGAUACGCCUUUGGAUGGCACAGGGGUAUAUUGUUCCAAUAGACAAAGGUCAAAGCAUAGAAGAAGCAGGCGAGGAAUAUAUAUCUAUAUUGGUGCGGAGAUGUUUUUUCCAUAAUGUACGAAAAAGUGAAAAUGGAGAAAUUGGUUCAUUUAUGAUACAUGAUCUCAUGCACGAUAUUGCUCAAAAUGUCAUAGGGAAGGAGCUUUGUACAACGAAAGCUGCUAGUGGCAACCUAGAUAAAAACGUUCGUCAUCUGUCUCUCGCCGGAAGCUCGUUUGCAAAAUACUCCUUUGGUAAGACACAUAUUCGCUCAUAUUUUUAUGCUGGCUACUGGCGUCAUGAUGCUGAUGAGAUGGACAAAGUUACACUAGAAGCAAUUGUCACUAAUUGCAGAUGCUUAAGGGCAUUGGACCUAGCUUUUUCUACAAUUAAGAGUUUACCAAGCUCUAUUGGAGAGCUAUUGCAUUUGAGGUACGUAGAUCUCUCAUAUAAUAAAGAUUUGGAACUGCUGUCUAAGUCAAUUACGAAACUAUAUAAUCUGCAAACCUUGCUACUAAUUAGGUGUGAGAAGUUAAAAGAGUUACCAAAAGAUGUGAGUAGCUUGGUUAAGCUUGAGACGUUGGAUAUAGAUGGUUGCUCUAGUCUAUCUUUUAUGCCUAAAGGCAUAGAUAAGUUGAGUAACCUUCGCACUUUGAAUAAGUUUAUUGUGGGUGGAGAAGGAAGUUGUUCAGGUUGGAAGCAAUGGUUUGAUAGACUAGAAUACCUAACGGCUCUUAACAAUUUGAAGGGUCGUCUUGAAAUUGACAUUAGGUGGCCUAAUAAUGCUACAUGUGUUCAAGAGAGCAGUAUGAGGGGAGGGUUAUACUUGAGGCACAAGGAACAUCUCAGUCGCGUUAAAGUUGAUUUUAAACUCGAUGAAUGUAGUGGAAGAAUAAAUAAUGAUGUAGAAAGAAGAUUGAUGGAAGAGCUGCAGCCACAUUCUAAUCUAAAAGAGUUAGUUGUGCGAGGAUAUCAUGGUGCAAGGAUGCCUAGUUGGGUAACCCUUCUACCAAAUCUUGUAGAUCUUCGUCUUUUCAAUUGUGGGGAAUUGGACUAUCUACCAUGUUUGGGGAGCUUGAGUUAUCUUAAAUUCCUCAAACUUUCACAAUUCGACAAAUUGGAGCACAUUGAAGCAGAUGUCUCACCGCCUGGUUACAUCCUUGCAUCAGAAAGUACAAGAGUAUCAUCAUUGUUUCCAUCCCUUGAACACCUUGAGCUAAAGAAUUUGCAUAAGUGUAAAGGGUGGAUAAGAAGGGUAGAGGCAGGAGAUGAGUGUCACUCACAAUUAUAUUUUCCUCAAUUGAAGUCAUUAAGAAUAGAACAAUGCCCGCUUUUGACAUGUACUCCAUGGUGUCCUAAAUUGGAAAGAUUGCAUUUAGUCGCAUUCAACAAGAGACUCCAAAUAAUGAAUACCGAAAGGGGUCUCCAUCAUGUUCAUUUUGUUGUGAUCCUAGAAAUUCGAGUAUUUCAAUUCCCAGAUUGCAAGCUAGAGAGUUUGGAAGUAGUUGAGGAGGUGUUUCGUAGUUGCUCAUCUUCAUUGCAAUCCUUUUGUAUUACUGGUGGUUGCUCCAAACUAAGGAGUGUUUCUGGAGGAGUUGAGCAUCUCACUGCUUUGAAGAUCACAACUACAAAUUGGAUGCAGUUCUUGAAAGCCCUUCAAACCUUGUCUAUAGUACGUUGCAAUAAGCUAGAAUCAAUUCCAAAUUGGAUGCCAAAACUCACUUCUCUCAGGAACCUUAAGAUUUCGUGUUGCUCGACGCAACUGGAGAGAAGAUGCCAAUAUUCAACUGGAGAAGACUGGCUUAACAUUCAACACAUCUCCUCCACGGAAAUCACCUCCAAAGCUCCUUUCUGGUUAUUCUUACCACUAGAUUUAUGAGAUGCCUUUUUAUGUAUGUUAAUUUUUUGUAGAAUAAUUUCUAUUAUGCUCUUUUAACAUUGUAUAUAGUCUAUUAUUUAUAGAAUUCUUUGUGCCUGUGUUGAACUUGGUAACAUUUUCAAGUGAAUUACUGCACGAGAAGCAACUCUUUGGUAUUAUAAAUUGAAAAGUUAAUUUGA